AUGUCUUCAGAUAACAGCGUCCCAGUGAAACCGCUCCCAGUGCUCAAAGCAGACCCGCCACAUACCACCCAAUCCACGAUUGUUAAAUCGUGGGUGACGUUGCCAUCGAAAUCCAACAACGGGCCAGAAUUCUUCACGGUACAAUACCAACCUCCAUCAUCCACCACUUAUAAAGGCUCAAUUCUCGUGGUCCAUGGGUUUGCCGAGUACUACGAGCUUUAUUCCAGAAUCCUUGAUGAUUUGUGCCAGCAAGGUUACGAGGUGUUUUAUUUUGACCAACGGGGGUCGGGGCAUACUUCUCCUGGCAAAUACAAAGGGAAGUCCAAUGAGUACUACACAUUCAAGGAUUUGGAACAUAUGGUUGAAUUACGAUUACAAGAGGUCGACAAAAGAGAUAAUAAAAAACUCUAUUUGUUGGGCCACUCCAUGGGGGGUGGAAUCAUUUUGAAUUAUCUUGUGUAUGGUAAUAAUCGUGAUAAGCUCGCUGGGGCAAUUUGUUGUGCUCCAUUGGUUGAUCUUCAUCCAGAUACUAAACCAAAUGUUAUUCUUAGAACUCUUGCUUCGACUUUGAACUUUUUCGUGCCUAACUUCAAGAUUGAUUCUGAUCUUACCCUUGAGAGAAUCACUACCGACCCGGAAUGGCAGGAGUUCUUACUUCUGAACAAGGAUAUUUCCAAGACCGUGGGAACGGUUAGUUUGUUCCAUGGGAUGUUCCAAAGAGGACUGAAGUUGUUGGACCCAGACCAUUUGAAGAACCAGGAGAAGAAAGUGCCGAUUUUGAUUGUUCAUGGAGAAGACGAUAAAAUCAAUGAUUACAAAGCGUCGGAGAAGUUUGUCAACAUGACUCCAGCCGAGGAUGUUACCUUGAAAGGUUUUAGCGGCACUGGGCAUAGUUUGUUUUUGGAAAGACCAGAGGUUUAUGAGCAAGUUACAAAGACGGUGUUUGAGUGGUUAGAAAGCCAUUGA